ACGAGGAACUCUCAGAGCCGCGCAAGUGGCCGCGCGAUACGGCACGGGUGUUUGAAAACGAUUGAUAAGAGCACCGCGCACCAUGUGUACUAAGAAAAAUGCAAAAUUUUUGUGGAUUCUUUGUGUCGUAUUGGUUUUUCUCGGACUCGGCCUGCCGUUCGGAAGCUGUCAAAAUGCGGAGCCGCGGGAAUCGUUCGGCAGGAAAAGCGUCGCGAGGAAGAUAGACGUGCUGCGGGACGAGUUGCAGGCUGACGAUGCCGAUCAAUCGUACACCUGGGAUGCGUCUCGCGAGAGUAAAAAGGUACUCGAUGAGAACGGAAGUUCUCUCUCGUCUCGGAACGCGGCAGAGGUGCCGGAGACUGAAGCAGAAACGACGCCUCGGGCUGACGGUAAGAGGAACAAGGUCCUUGUUCCCACAGAAGAUGCAUCUACUAAUUCAUCCCUUCGGUCGCCCGUGAAUAGCACGCCAACGUCGACGAGUCGUCGGAAGGGAAACGGCGGCGACAGAGCCCGCAAAAAACGUCGCAGAGGCAAGGAGUCCAAGACCGGUGACGUGGACCGUCAACGUGAAUCCACGGAAGAUGUUCGCGAGAACGAAGUCAGAGGGAAAGGUGGCGGUCAGUCGAAGAGAUCAAAAGACUCUCCAGGGAGAAGGUAUCGCGCCGAGCGACGAAGAAGGAGGAAGAAUCGCGACAGAAAACGGGGAAGGAAGAGAUCCAGACAGAACGAAACGAAAACCGAGGGGCAGAGGGCUUCCAAGUUCAAAAGACGAAUGAACGAUGCACCGGCCGCGUUGCUUCUCGAAAAACUGGAUAGUCCCGCGAUCGAAGACGUUCUCAACUACAAUUCUUCGAAUUGGAGAAACGAGCAGUCAUUUUCAAAUAGCUCUGUCCCCGAUUUCCCUAACGUCACGGCGUCGUUAAAUCUUCAGGAUCAGUUAACCACAGAGGCUACCAAACGAUCCGCACAGACGACCUCGCGUUACAAAAACUACGAGGACACCGUGGAAAGAGAAUUCUCCAAGCAGCUAGAGAGGGAGAUUUCCAGGACGCAGAGGGAGGAUCCAGCGAGCUUGGAGAACCGUAUUCUGGGCAGCACGUUGACGGAAGUUUCGCACACGAACAACGAACGCAGGGAACAGAGCUCCAACAGUCGAGGGGAAUCAAGGUUCGGUAGCUCGAGGUACGACGCCGAGAAAAUGCUUGGUUACUCGCGAACGGCGGAGGACUUGCCAAUUCUUGACCUGGAGAAUGAAGUUCUAGCGAGGACUCUGAAGGAUUACAACGCUUACAUGACGUCGAACUUGAAAUUAUCCGUGUCGCCGCGCCAUGGGCAAAACGACCGACGGAAAUCUGGCGGAUCCCAUCUUCACGAUAAACCCAUAAUUGACGGAACGGAGUUCGGGAGGCUGGGUGGAAAGAAGAGCACGGAAACGGCAUACACCACCUUGACGUACGACGACGAUACCAAGGGAGAUUUAUCAUGCAUAAACGGGACUUUCCUGCCGGCGCCCCUUGUACGGCAUGCGCUGAUCAAAUAUGUAAAGUCAUCGAUACCAGAUCACGAGUAUUUAGAAGCUGACUACGAGUGCGCUCCAGGAUUCUACAUGACGACCACGACGAAUAGAUUGUUCUGCAAGAAUCGUCAAUGGAUAGGACAACUGCCACAGUGCAAGGUGAAGCAGAAGCCCGAAGGUGCUUGCAUAGGGGCGUCCUGUGACCAUGUUUGCAGAGACUACGAUGGCAAACCAAGGUGUUUCUGUUACAAAGGUUACCGACUAGAAGGCAAUUUAUGCAUCGAUGUGGACGAAUGCGAGGAUAACAAGGGAGGUUGUGAGCAUAAAUGUGUGAACACGCCGGGAUCUUUUCAUUGUGAGUGUCCAAAGGGAAUGAAACUACGCCAGGACAGGUUCACGUGCAGGGACAUCAACGAGUGUCUGUUGAACAACGGACACGGGCCAUGUCAGGAUACGUGUCGGAAUACGAUAGGAGGGUAUGAAUGUUCCUGCGAUGGUCUACAGGAUACUGUCCUGUCACCAGAUAACCACACAUGCCAGGACUCAGGUCCGUGCAGCGACAACAACGCCGGAUGCUCCCAUACCUGUCUCUCCACGAAGGGCAGGGUGUUCUGUCUUUGUCCUGACGGUUUCGUUCUGGAGGACGACUGGAAAACUUGUCAAGACGUGGAUGAGUGCUCCCAGCCUGACUUACAAACGGAAAUGUGUCGCUACGGUUGCAUCAAUACUCCAGGAUCUUAUCGAUGUGCCGAGCCAAUGGAGCUGAAGAAUCAACCGAUACUGGACAGCUUGUCGAUCACCUGCCUCCCUGGUUACGAGGCCACCCCCGAUGGAACUUGUAUCGACAUCAACGAGUGCACGGUCGACAACGGUGGAUGCACAGAAGUUUGCGAGAACACGGAUGGCAGCUUCUUCUGUGCUUGCGACGGUGAUGAAAAAGUCUUGUCAUCCGACGGGAAGUCCUGCGUGGAUGUAAUCAGUAUAUCCUGCCCACCGCUGAAUCCAGAGGGUCGAGGGUAUUUAAUGUGUUCUCAUAUGGCCACACCGAAGCCGUGGAGGGGUAGACGAAAGAUCACCAAUCGACCAGGUACCAAGUGUUUCUUAAAGUGUCCCCAUGGGUACCAACUUCACGGAGAAUACGAAUUAUCUUGUCAGUCGGAUGGCACGUGGGACGGACCGAAACACGGCGAGUGUGUCAGGUAUGGCAAGCCUCGUUUAGAGUGUCCCAAAGACGUCAUCGCCGAGCUACCGCCAAGCCAUGACGAGGCGUUCGUGACGUUCGAUCAACCGUCUACGGACCUCGAUUGGUUCCGGUACGUUCGCUCGAAACCCUCCUGGGGGACCAGGUUGGAAGCCAGCCUGACGUUAGGGGUGCAUGAGAUCACGUUCUACGCGAGACACCCGGUAUCGAAGAUGCAGGCCAGUUGCGUGUUGCGCAUCGUCGUUAAAGACGGUGAAGCGCCGAAAGUAAAAGACUGUCCAAAUGACAUAGAGGUCACCGGGAGAAAUGGAUCAGUGAUCACGUGGACCGAGCCAAUUUUCACGGACAAUGUGAAAGUGACCCGGAUUAGAAGCAACGAGAGUCCAGGACGACGAUUCAACGUCGGCGGGCACAGAAUAGAGUACGAGGCUAGCGACGAAGCCGGCUGGUCGAGUAAAUGCGUGUUUACCGUAGUUCUGCGGCAAGAGUGAGUCCUGGCGAGCUUCGUCAGGUGAGCGUCAGAAGAGCGGAGGCAGAAGAAACGCUAAAGAAAAGGAGAUCCAGGUAAAAAUGGGGGUUGUGGGGUUGGUGGUGGCGGAAUAAAAGCAACGAGGCGGAAGAAUAACGAUAAGGUAAUAUAAAUGGAAAUGCUCUGGAGUUGUGCUCGCCCAACCCUUCAGUGUGUGUAAUGAAUUCCGUUUUAUCCGGAAGGUUAAACGCGGACGAGACAGGGAUACCUUCCCGCGAUACAUACGCAAGCGUAUGUUUAUGAUUACAUAUUGUAUGAGUAUCGCGUUUUAGCGGCGAAUUAGGGUAUACGAAAAUCGUCAUCUGUGAAGGACUCGGUAUAAAUGUAUUCUAAAUUAAUUACUGCACAAUUUCACUAAAUUGAAUAAAACAUAUCGAAUGUGUUGUUUUAUAUGCCCUAUAAUUACGGAGAACUAAUUAUUACAAUAUUAGCAAUUUUUGUGCAACAAAAAAAGUGGAGUCAACACAUAAAUAAAUGAUAGCUUGUUCAAGUUUGAAAAGUACCACUUUUUUUUUGAUAAAAUAUCAAGCAAUAACAUAAAAUAUAACUCAUGCUUGAUUUUACCAUAUGAUUCAUAAGUUAUUUUACGAGUACGAUUCAUAUAAUGUAUAUUUGUCCUAUUUGGCCCGUAAUACGGACCAUGAGUCUAACUCGAUGUUAUAAAUGUAUCUCCACCACCUAAACGUAGUUACGAGCCUGAAAAAUCAGUAAAAUCAAAAGAUGACGAUUUUUGGUUUUUUAUUCUGUUCGACGAAAUACGAUAUAGCGUAACCAUAGACAGGCAUACACAAAUGUAAUGUAUACUAAGAAAUUAGGGAGAUUGCCUCUGGGUAAAAUACAAAGGCAUGGGCCAGAAUUUUUUAAAAAUAUUGACGAAAAAUUUUGUGAGAGUUUAGAAGAUAAUAAUGGUCACUCUUUGUAGGUCUUCAAUUUCAAGAAAUUUCAAUGAAAUAAAAUCUACGGUGAAAUCAAAUUGACUAAAAUUAAUUGAUUAACAAAGCAAAUUUGUCUAUGAUCCUAUCAUAGAAUUCUUCACAGAAUCCAAAUAAAAUAUAAGUUAUGAGGAGUUAUGAAUAAAUAACAAUCGUGUCGAUAUCGAAAGUGUUCUUUAUUACAUUCGAACAACUUGAUCAAGAUUUUAUGCUGCAUGAACUAACUAUUAAUAACACUUCUGUCAUAAAAAACGCAUUUUAUGAGUGGAAAGAAGUAUUUUUCUCUCGCAUCGCGAACAUUACUCAGAAGCAAUCUUUCAAGUUCUUGCUGGAGCGUCUCGUCGAUCCACUCGCGACAGAUUUCCACGGACUUCCAACGAUCCACAGGUUUUUUCCUCGCGCUCUCGCGUUUUCCAUUUCGCCUUUCUUUACCAUUACCGGAUUCUACGUGGCCUGCGCACGUUGCAUCCCACAGCGAAUUGAAUUUAUCCCGGAUUCGACGUAAAGCCCUCGAUCCACGAGUGUUACAGCGAUCACGAUCGACACGCUCACGGAGAUCUAGGAAUUUCCCGAACAAUACCGCGAACGUUCCACGAAAUUACGCGUAUCAACGCCACGAUCGUGACUGCCGUGUCCGCGUUGCCAAGGACGAAGGAAGAGACUCGUCAAUGGCGAUUUAUACGCAAGAUCCUAGGGGAGAGUUGCUUAAUACCCACCGUUCGCCUAAAUCGUGCAUGUAAUUCUAUUUAAUGGAAAUUGUGAAUUUCAAGGGAAUUCCUUUUAAAUUUCAAGAAAAUUAUGCGUAAAAUGAAACUCGGGGGUAAAUUAUAUUGAAGAAAGGGUAGUAUUAUGGCCUCGAAAUUUUAUAUUUUUUGGGAAAAUCAGGUUUGUGAUUCGAACCACGCCAAUUUUUUGCUUAGAGCGCAGAAAGGCUAUUGAUACUGGUUUUGUUCACCAUAUUCAGGUAGUGCGUGAAAAUAUAAAAAUGGAGUUCCAUUUGAUUAUUCCGUUAUGAUUGCUGUAAAGAUCGAACUGAUAUUUUUUUAAAAGUUAUCUGAAUUCUUAAAUCGUAAACCUGCAAGGAUUCGACAAUUAAAGAUCGUGAGUGGUACGAUUUUGGCAACUCUCUCCUGUAUGUAUGUAUAUGUAUUGUAGAACCUCCUUUAUCCAUGCUAAUUGGGAAACAAGACUGUUCGGUUAAGGAAACUUUUUGGAAAAUAAAUUCCUAAUCAUUUUUCAUUCUUCUUCUGAUUAUUUUGGUAGAAAAUAGAAUUAUUUAUUUGGCAGUGGUAUCAUUGAAAUGGAAAUCUUUUUCUUGAACAUAAUUUGUAAACUCAAUUACUUUUAGUUACCGAUCUAGAGUUACCGAUUUCAAGAUAAAGUUCUACGAAUAACUUAAGUGACAUGUAGAAUGAAACCGUUAUAAUGUAAGAUAGAAGAAUGUUGAAAAAGGUAAAAUAAACACUUACAGAGGUAAAUAUUCGUGGUCUUAUGUAACGUCGCGUUAUCGAGUUAAAGUGUACAUUUAAUUGACGUAUAAAGAUGUAAAUUAAAGAGCGAAAACCACUAAUCGAGGCAUGGAUAGUCAUAACUCACUAAACAGUAUGUAAAUGAUAGUCAUAGAUUAAAAUGGUUAUUGGGAAACAUCAGAUCAUAUAAGGUUAAGUUAUUAAAGAGAAAAGUCGAAUACAAAAACAAAAAUAAUAAACAAUAAAUAACCAAUAAUAAUAAUAAUAAUAAUAUAUUUAUUAUUUAUACAUAAAUGUUUUUAACUACUGAUUUUCAUUGGAAAACUUAUUUUACACCGAAUGUAUUUAUAACUUCAUAUUUGUCAUUUUUUCGUUACUCUCGUAGGAGAAUUUUAACAAUCUAACAGAUUGUUAAAAUUGCGCUAUAAAACCUAAUAGGUCACAUUAAUCGUCCCCUACAAAUGUCACAAUGAAUUACACCGAGCAAAAGGAGUGGAUUAAUUAAUGAAUUGUAAUGUCAAUUUAAAAUUUUAAAAAAAAAGUUUGUAUUUAAUUUGUAGUAAAUGAUAAUCCAAAAUACUAUUCAUAUCGGAUUUAUUUCCUCCUUAAAGCCAAGCAAGAAUUUGUUGUGCAUC